ACCUGCCCCAGUUGCUUGGCAGAUUGGCAAGGCAGGCUGGCAGGGCCUGUGCGUGGGAGGCAGCCGGCGGCAGCGCCAUGUGCUGACGACCUCACAGCCACACUCCCCCUGGUUAGCACUGAGUGUCAGAACCACCCCCAGAACCUCAGUUAAGCAAAGGGGUUAGUUUCCAUGGAGACACAGCAUCCUUUCUCCAUGGCAACCUGAAAUCCCAAAACCCAAGUUAGACUCAGAAAUGAGUCAUCUGUGACCAGUAGGGGGUGCUCUCCCACAAGGCUGACCCACAAGGCAGGGACAGAUGAGCAACUGACCACAGACUUAAGGUGACCCAAGGGCGAGGCUUGCGCCUGUGGGGACAGAGCCGGCUCUUCUUAACCCCUCCCCACCCAGCCUCAUGGUGUGAGGAGGCUGGCAGGCUGCAGGAAGCACGGUGCGGAGGUGGCGCCCUGCAGCUGGGGCCCCCAGAGUGACACUGACAUGGAAGGGAUCCCUGCCCCUUGAACCUGGGACUAGCACAGAGAGGAAGCUGUCAUUGGCCAGGCGGAGUGGACACACAAGAGUUAACGGGCGGGGUGUGACAGGGCGAACCGCCCUCAGGAAGUGUUACUCACCACCGGGAAUGUGCGCGCCUGUGCCUUGGGGGCUGGAUUCUCUUCCUGAGUCUGAGAGAAACCAAAGGAGCUCCCAGCCAUGGAAGACUCCAGGGAACCAGGAACACACCCUCCCAGAGCCCCCUGCCUGAGCUUUCCUCCGGAACACCUGGAGAGAGAAAAGCCAGCCCAGGACCCUCAAUAUGACACACCAGACGCCAGCCGGGGGCGGACAGGUGGGCCCCAGCAACCGGCGCGCACUGUGAGCCUGCGGGAGCGCCUGCUGCUCACCCGGCCUGUGUGGCUUCAGCUGCGGGCCAAUGCAGCAGCCGCACUGCAUGUGCUGAGGACCGAGCCCCCAGGGACGUUCCUGGUGCGGAAAUCGAACACUCGCCAGUGCCAGACCCUGUGCGUGCGGCUACCAGAAGCCAGUGGUCCCUCUUUCGUCUCCAGCCACUACAUCCAGGAAAGUUCUGAUGGCGUCUCCUUGGAGGGCUCAGCCCUCGUGUUCCCCGACCUUGUCCAGCUCAUCUGCGCUUACUGCCACACCCAAGACGUCCUUCUUCUCCCGCUGCGGCUCCCCAGAGCCAUCCACCAGGCAGCCACCCACAAGGAGCUGGAGGCUAUCUCCCAUCUGGGCAUUGAGUUCUGGAGCUCCUCUCUCAACACCAAGGCUCAGUGGGGCCCAUCCGAAGGCCCAUCUCUGCCCCGGCUGAAGGCCCGAUCCCCUCAGGAGCUGGACCAGGGCACUGGUGCUGCCCUCUGCUUCUUCAAUCCCCUGUUCCCCGGGGACCUGGGCCCCACCAAGCGAGAGAAAUUCAAGAGGAGCUUCAAAGUGCGUGUGUCCACGGAGACCUCCAGCCCCCUGUCUCCACCUGCUGUGCCACCUCCCCCAGUCCCUGUGUUGCCAGGGGCGGCCCCCAGUCACCCAGAAAGGCUGCCCCCUGGUCAGCUGCUGAGAAGGGAGAGCUCAGUGGGGUACCGUGUGCCUGGGGGCACCAGCCACGUCCUCCCACUCCUGCCCUCCCUCCGGGAGGUGGACUGUGGCUCUCCCAGCAGCUCUGAGGAAGAGGGGCCAGCAGGGUCCCAGGGGAUCCCCAGGACAUCCCCUGGCCUUGGCCGCCGCCGGCCUCUGCUCCGGUCCAUGAGCACUGCCUUCUGCUCCCUGCUGGCUCCUGAGCGGCAGGUGGGCCGAGCAGCUGCAGCAUUGAUGCAGGACAGACACACGGCUGUGGGCCAGUUGGUGCAGGACCUACUGACCCAGGUGCGGGCCAGCCCUGAGCCCCAGGAACUGCAGGGCAUCCGCCAGGCACUGAGCCGGGCCCGGGCCAUGCUGAGCACAGAGCUGGGCCCUGAGAAGCUGCUACCACCAGAGAGGCUGGAACACGUCCUGGAGAAGUCGCUGCAUCGCUCAGUUCUCAAGCCUCUCCGGCCCAUCCUGGCAGCCCGCCUGCGGCUCCGGCUUUCUGCAGAUGGCUCCCUUAGCCGCCUGGCUGAGGGCCUCCGCCUGGCCCGAGCCCAAGGCCCUGGAGCCUUCGGGUCCCACCUAAGCCUGCCCUCCCCUGCGGAGACCGAGCAGGUGCGCCAGAAGCUCCUGCAGCUUCUCCGCUCCUACUCGCCUAGGGCCCAGGUCCAGCGGCUCUUGCAGGCCUGCAAGCUGCUCUACACAGCCCUGAGGACCCAAGCAGGGGAGGGUGCAGGUGCAGAUGAGUUCCUGCCACUGUUGAGCCUUGUCUUGGCCCAGUGUGACCUUCCUGAUCUCCUGCUGGAAGCUGAAUACAUGUCGGAGCUGCUGGAGCCAGCUCUGCUCACUGGAGAGGGUGGCUACUACCUUACCAGCCUGUCGGCCAGCCUGGCCUUGCUGAGCAGCCUGGGCCAGGCCCACAGCCUCCCCCUCAACCCCUCCCAAGAGCUGCAGCGUUCCCUGAGCCUCUGGGAGCAGCGCCGCCUGCCUGCCACCCUCCAGCACCUCCUUCGAGUAGCCUACCAGGAUCCCAGCAGCGGUUGCACCUCCAAGACUCUAGCUGUGCCUCCUGGGGCCUCAGUCGCCACUCUGAAUGAACUCUGUGCCACCAAGUUCCGAGUGAGCCAGCCGGAUGCUUUUGGCCUAUUCCUAUACAAGGAGCAGAACUACCACCGCCUGCAGCCCGGAGCCCUGGCCCACAGGCUUCCCACAGACGGCUAUCUGGUCUACCGCCGGGAGCGACCUGGGACCCCAGGGGCUGCAGCAGAGGGAGCAGGCAGUGAGCAGCCAGAGUCAGGGAGCCAGGAGGAGGAGAAAGGGGGCCAGGGAGAUGGAGUUGCAGAGGCCAAAGCCAGCCCCGGGGACAGUGUGGGAGAGUCUGAGACAACUGCUGAGCAGGGAGAGGGUCAGGUUGGGGGGGACCUUGUGCAUUCAGGAGAGCCAGAGGCUGCAGGAGCCAGGCAGCAGAGGAGUAGCUAGAAGGGGUCGGGAUCAUCACCGGGGCAGAAGCCUCUGAGCUUGUGGGGAAGGUCUUCAGAACCGUCAGCCCCACACACCAAGGCCACAGCCUUCUGGGCCACCCCACCCAGCCCUCUCUGGUGUCUGCCACCACCUCUGACUGGCACUUACCUCUGUGAGCUUACCUGCCAGAGAGCUGGGAGACUGGCCACAUCUGAGUGACUAGAGUAAAGUUGAGGAGGUUCUUGCUUCUUGUUCUUCUCCCCAGCCUACAAGGGCAAGUGUGCCCCACAGGAAACAGAUCCAUCUGAUGCCCACGUGGUACGUGGGCGGUUUCCUUUCUCCUUUUGUGCUCCCCAUGGGCACAGGCAGGGCUGCUAUGGACUUUGGGACCCUGAAAAGUUCCACCCAUGCCUGGUGUGGGAAGGAUUGAGGGAGGCAGCAGAGGUCCCCCAGAGGACCGGCUUCCCCCGUCUCAGCAUCCUCAUCUGCAAAGUGGGUACACUCUUGCUAUCCUGCCCUUCUCCCAGGGGUCCCGAAUGGAUGAUUUUGCUGCAAAGCAGAGCUCUUAUCAGGGGAAAGGAGGUGGGCAUUAGCAGCCCUAACCGCUCUCACUCAGGCACCUGCUCCCUCUCAGGCAGGACCCUCCCCUGCACAGGUGUUAGGUCCCAGGGAGAAAGUACCCUUGUUUUAAUCGUUUCCCAAAAUUGGAAGUCCUCCGAGAACUCUGGCGUCCCCAGGGAAUUUUCGUGGGAGAUAAUGCCCACCAGUGGCCCAUGAGCUUCCAGGAUGGGAAGGGGACUUAGAAAUCAUUUACUCUGCAUCAAAUCUUUUGGUCCUCACAAAAACUCUAUGAGCAGGCAGGCUAUGUCCUCCUCGACCCCACCCAGGUGUGGGAAGGCAACUCGCAAGACAUCACACAGCAAAUCAGCCCCGAAGGCCAAGGCAGCCCAAAGAGAAACCCAGAACAGGCUGCGCACGUAAGCAAAGAAAAUUGCUGAUCACCAACCACCAGGGGGCGUGCACAACCCAGAGAGCUGCCGAGAGCCACAGGACGGUCUGAGGGCCUAGGGCAAGAAGCAAUUUCUGCCUCACCCCUGUCGCUGUGGGACAGCCUGGGGACAGCACAGGACCUGAAGCUACUGGCCCUCAGGUCCCUCAGAGUUGGGUCUGGGUGAGGCCAGCCUCUCACUGGCCAUUGCUCAGGAAAGUAUUGUCCCCGGAUGGAGGAGAGCCCCAAUGAGCCUCAGAGACAACCCCCAAGGUGCUGAGUAAAGGGACGUUAGCCUACAUGUCAGACGUGACAACUGGGAAAUAAAAAUUGUGGACAUUGGCUUUCAGAUGACCCAGAUGUAGCUCAGGUGCAGGGCUCCCAACAUUCCUCACUAGGUCCCAGAAGUGCUUCCCACUUGCACCCCCCCACCCAGCUACUUGCUAGUAGGGAGUCUCCUUUAUUCUGCUGUAUGUCUUCCCCGUACUCCACCUCUGGCCCCAGAGCCUUAUAGUGCUGAGCACCCCACAGGUGCUCAAUAAAUGUCAUCCCCUGAUUGAAGUUUGAAACUAGGAGUGAGGGACCCUGGGGAUACUGGAGGGGAGGUUCUGGGAACUGAACACAAGAUGCAUCAAGCUCUGUCCCAAAGAAGGGACCUGGAAUGUCUGCAUGGAUGCUAGAGAGCCUAUGGGGCCAGAGGUGGAGCGGGUCUAAGGAACAGUCAGAGGCUUCUGGGCCCCUGACUCGAACGUUUGCAAGCCCUUUCCAUGUUCGGUCCCAGUUCCUGGCCUGGAAUUCCGCAUGCCUCGAGCAGUGCCUCAUGGGGGCACCGCCGAGUCUGCCUGCUUCCUGGCACUUUUGGUUCUCCCAUUGCUCAGGGGUCCAGGCUACAUCAGCAUGACCAAGGUGACGAUAAAGGGGCAGGGGCUUCAGGCAGGGCAGGAGACGGGAGGCCAGUCUAGGAUAGAGUCAUCCCCAUUUUUCAGAUGAGGAAACGGGUUAACUCGAGGCAUCUGGCUCAUUACAAGACAAAGGACUCCAACGCAGAAAGACUAAUUUACUCAACAAUAAUAUAUUGUGUCCCCUGUAGACCAAACACCAAGCACCACAGCCCCAGCCACAAGGAGGCGGGUGAAACCUUCCUCAUGCUGUGAUCUGGGAGGAGGCUAAACCCCACUGCAUUCUAGGGGGUUCUGCACGGCCCCUGCCACCACCCUCGUCCUUACAGAAGAGGAAGCCAAGUCUCUGAGGUCAUGCGCUUUGUCCAGUGUCCACUGCUACA